GGUGGAGGAGCGGCAGUUCCUGCUCUCCUCCGGCCGCCUGCUGCUGGCCGGCAGCCCCAAGGUGGUGCUGGUGGUGGUGGCUGCCAAGAAACUCGUGAGCCGGGUGCAGGUCGCGCCCGAGUCGCACUUUGACGAGACCCUGCUGUCCGUGGUGUACACGUCGGAGCCCAUCGAGGUGUCCAGGCUGGAGGAAACCUUCAGCAAGCUGAGGGAGGCGGCCAAGAAAGAGAUGCUGGAGGUGAUGCAGAUGGGGGUGGAAGAUCUUUUCCAGGAGCACCAGCAGACCUGGUCUGACUUGUUCAUUUCAGGGAUUGAAAUGAGGAAGAUCACAGAUGCACACACCCCAUCCAGUGAGACUGUCAACAUGACCCUCUACUACGUGCUGUCAACUGUGCCAGCCCCCCUGCUGGACCCUCUCCUUGCUGGUGAGGACAGGGAGAGGAUUGAGGCCAGCCUGAACUAUGCUGACCACUGCUUCAGUGGCCACGCCACCAUGCACGCCCAGAACCUGUGGCCACCCAGGCUGACCAGUGUCACCCAGAUCCUGCAGCUCUCAGACCUGUGGAAGCUGACUCUCCAGAAACGGGGCUGCAGGGGCCUUGUGGCAGCUGGAGUGCACGGGCUGAUGCAGGGAAUGGUGCUCAGCUUUGGGGGUCUGCAGUUCACAGAAAACCACCUUCAGUUCCAGGCUGACCCUGACGUGCUCCAUAACAGCUACUCCUUACGUGGCAUCCAUUACAACAAGGACUUGAUCAGUUUAGCUGUUCUCCUGGAUGCUGAAGGAAAGCCCUUCUUGCAUGUGUCUGUGAAGUUCCAGGAGAAGCCUGUCAGACUGUAUGCCUGUGAGGCAGGCUGUAUGAACGAGCCCGUGGAGCUCACCUCAGAGGCACGAGGCCACACCUUCCCUGUCAUGGUGACCCAGCCCAUCACACCACUGCUUUAUAUCUCUACAGAUCUGGUCCACUUGCAGGACCUGAGACACACACUCCACCUAAAAGCUAUUCUAGCUCAUGAGGAACACAUGGCCAAGCAAUACCCAGGCUUACCCUUCCUGUUCUGGUUCAGUGUGGCCUCCUUAAUUACUUUGUUUCAUUUGUUUCUGUUCAAACUCAUCUACAACGAGUAUUGUGGGCCGGGAGCCAAGCCCCUCUUCAGGAGUAAGGUGGCUGUCCCCGACUCUGCCCGCUGAAGUGCCCAGAGGCUGCACAGCCACAGCAGGGCUGACCUGGCUCCUCAUCCUCCCGGGCACUGCAGAGCACACAGCUCUGCUGCCUCCUCUCAGCUGGACCUACUUCAAAUGAAGGUGAUGCAGAACUUCAUUCCAGAGACAGGGAAGAGGUGGAGAGCAGCUGGAGCUCAGAAUCUGUAGCAGUAAGCAAGAUAGAUGGUCUUGAAAUAACACCCUGUUCCAUUCCUUGUCCAAGUGAACUUAGUCCUGCUUUCAGCCUCCAUUUGCACAAGACACCUGGCAAUACUGCAGCUGAGAACAAGGAGCAUUUGAAAGCAACAAUCCUUCUGUGCCUUGCUAUUACAGGAAUCUGAGACUUGGAAGGUGUGGUGAUUCAACUGUUUAUCCCAGAAGCUUGUGUAACAGAUGUGUCCUUCCCUGUAAGCUGUUCAGUUCCCUAGGAGUAAUCUAUUUGGUGAAAAUACUUGAAGAUAUACUAAGACCUUGGAUAUUUUGAUCUGUUUGGUUUUGUUUUUUUUUAUUUCUACAGAAAAAUAAAGGAUAAUGAUUCCCUUCUGAGAGUUAACUAGAAAACUUUGGUGUAACUUCCUUUCUGGUAUACAGUUUGUAAUUUAUUGCUUGGGGGGAGGGGGAGUAUGUUAAUUUUUCCUCCACUUCAGUAACAGUCAAUUGAACUGUCAAUAUCUAACAGUCUUAACUGUCAAUAAGUUCUGGUAACAGGUUUUUCAGCCUUUAUGACUGUAGAGUGCAAAAUCAAUUUAAUGAAAUUGUUUUCUGGAUAUGCACUUGGAAAUGCUGAUCUGCAGGUCUCCUAUUCUAAGCCUAUUGAGACUUUGUGCAUUGAUUUGUUUUGGCUAUGGGGGAAGACACCCCAAUUUCUAGUGACUUACAGGUUGUUUGGUUUUAAAAUACCAAAGCUGUUGUUUCUAAAUAAAUAUCUUUCAGUCUAAUCUGA